AUGGAGGAGGCUGGGAUCGUGUUCCAGAGGAGACAAGACGGCUCUGUUGACUUUUACCGUACCUGGACUGAAUACCAAUUCGGGUUUGGUAAUCUGCAGAAUGAGUUCUGGCUGGGGAAUGAUAUCCUGCGUGACCUUACUGGGUCAGGACAAUGGCAACUCAGAGUAGAUUUGGAAGAUUGGCAGUCCAGCAUUGCUUGGGCUUUAUACGGCGAGUUUGCUGUUACAGGUGACACGUACACUCUCCAUGCUGGUUCUUACGAUAAUCGGAGUACAGCUGGUGAUUCAAUGGCAUAUCACAAUGGACAAUCCUUCACAACAAAGGACCAGGACAACGAUGAACAUUCACACAAUUGUGCCAAUAAAAGGAAAGGUGCUUGGUGGUAUAAAAGCUGCCUCAGGUCUCAUCUCAAUGGCUACUACUACAAGGAUGAAGAUUUUCAGCAAAACAAAGGAAUACAAUGGAACACCUGGAAGGGGCGAAAUUACUCCCUCAAGAAAUGCAGCAUGAAACUGCGGCAGGUACAGUGA